CAAUAAAUUUCUCAAAAGUUCUGUAGAUUCCACUUUAAAUUUCUCUACCAAAUUUUCUUUUGAUAAAGAAGAAAAGGAACUUUAUCUUAGAUUAACUCAAGCCUUUCGUGAAAAUUUGAAAUCAAAUCGUCAUAAACCUGAAAUCUUUUACGAUAAUUUAAUUAAAUCUUCAAUAUUGGAAACGUCAAAAAUAUUGGAAGAACCUAAUCCAGUUUCCGAUAUAUUUAAAACCAAAGAAAUCAAAAAUAUAAAAGCAAAUGUUUAUUUAGCUUCAGAAAAUAAAGACAUUAACAAAUUAAGGGAAUUAUAUCAAAAUUUUAAAAAAUUAGCAAUUUCCGAUGAACCAGUAUAUAAGGAAUUUAUAAUAAGUUUUAUUAAAGAUGACGUUGGAACAGCUAAAGCGAUAUACGAAGAAAUGCGUAAUAAUGGAGUAUUACCCACCAUCUCUACAUUGGUAGCACUUAUCAAAGCAACAAUGAAUACACCUGCGGCCGAUUACUAUGUCAGAGAAAUCAAAGAUCUAGGGUUACAAUUCUUUACUAAGAAUCAAUUCCAUGUGUUGUUAAAUUAUUACAUUUCAAGGAAAGACGUUCAAGGGGUACAAUCAUUAUGGCAAGAAAUGUUAAAUCUAGAAAAUAAUUCAAUAAUAGACUUUAAACCAAAUAGUUAUUCAUAUGUAAGAUAUAUCGGGUUUCUCUGUAAAAUGAAUCUAUUAGACAAGGCAAUCAAAACACUUCAUACAAUGGAGAACGAAGGAAUCCGACCUUUCCAAAGAGAAUUUUUAGAUUAUGUAAUUCAACCUCUUGCCAUGAAUAAACAUCCUCAAGUAGCGUGGCAAUUCCUUUCUUCUUAUCGAAAACGAGUGUUGAGUUCACCAAAUAUUUAUUCAAAUUAUUAUUCAUUAAUCUUGGAAGCAUUCGUGAAACAAAAUGACCUUAAUGCAGCGAGAAGAGUUUUGGUUGACAUGGAACUAACAGGAGUAGAACUCGAUGAUAAAGCCAAAGAAAUUCUUGCAAGUAUACAAAAUAUCAAAGUUCAACUUGGUGAGGAUGAAGCAUACGAAUACGGAUUGAUUCCUGUUUUUAAUGCAGGAAAACAGUAA